UUUUUGAUAAUAUAUUCACAGAAUUUGCCACAUAUAUAUAUAUAUAUAACUUGAUGCAUGAAAUAGUACACAAUGUAUUAUAUCAGAGCAGCAUCUGUGAUAUCUUUUUGCAUACUCCUGUCUGUAAGAGUAAAUGCACAAGACGAAUAUACGAGUGUAUUCCAAGAAUGCAACCAAACAAUUAGAGAAGGCCAAGGUGUGAUAAUGAGUCCGGACUUCACAACAGUUUAUCCAAACAAUUUACAUUGCGAAUGGAAUAUAGAAGUUGAAGAAGAUCGAAUUGUAACAUUUACAUUCGGGUAUUUUGACGUAGAAAAGAGUCUGAACUGCAAAUUUGACAGAGUUUCCAUAUAUAAUGGGCCGACUGUCGAUCAUCCUAUGUUGGGCAAAUUUUGCGGACCAUUUCGACCAGGACAACAAAUAUCAACUUCUAAUAAAAUGCUAAUAUCAAUGGACAGUGAUGCUAGUACAGGGAGGAAAGGAUUUUAUGGCUAUUUUGUAUCUGCUGUUCCAGAAUUGGCAACUGAAGGUUCUUGUGGCGGACUUCUGAAAGGCGCAGAAGGUUCAUUUCACAGUCCGAACUAUCCCAAAUCAAACUACCCAGGUCCGGUCACUUGUUCUUGGCAUAUUCGAGUGGAUGAAGACAAAAUCGUGCUUAUGUCAAUUGAUGAUUUUGACAUUGAGAAGUCAAUUGGGUGCAAAUAUGAUGCACUUGUGAUCUAUGGAGGCUGGUCUCAUUCAGAGAAAACCAAAUUCAUUGGAAGAUUCUGUGGUGGCUCAGACGACAUUCCAUCAAGAAUAACAUCACCAGGAAACGAGUUGUUUGUCACUUUCGUUUCGGACACAAGUGGAUUUGCAACUGGGUUCUCUGCUAGUUAUGGGGCCAAAAAGAGACUGAAAUCGAAUACUGAAACAAGAACUACUACAACUACUUCAUCUACAACAACUGUGUCUACAACUUCGACUAUGAAACCUACUACAACGCCGAUUAUAACAACCACAAGCGCCGCUUUCGAGUGUCCAGUGAGCUGCCCACCCAAGAUCAAAACGAAGGCGCGCAUUUGUUCAGCAAACUACCUUGUCGUGGUUCGUCUGAAUGACAAUACCCUGCGCACCCAGAACAUUGCUACCAUCGAUUUGAUAAAACCUUUCAAGCAAGGAUCGUUGCCUUCUGUAUCAAGCACGCAAAUAAGAAUCGCCUGUCGCCGAUGUUCAAAGAUAUUCAAAAAGGGAUCUUACGUGAUCGCCGGUGAUACCAUUACUGAUGAAGGAAUAGAAAUUCGCCCGGAAGAUCUAGUCAUUAAACACAAGCAACGAAAGCAUACCAAGCAGAUACCGAAACUUCUCAAGAAGUGCCGAAAGACAAAACGAAGAAAGGGAAAACGUUCGUCACCACAAAAAAGAGGGAAGCGCACAAAGGAGAACAAACAAUAAUUAAAUAGAUCAAACAAAGUUGCAUGAAUACGUAACUACGUUAUAAGUAGUUCAUUUUAGAUUUUACUAUGUAUAUUAUGUAAUAAACAGAAAAUCACAAAA